AAAUAUAUAUGGUACAUACCUUAUGUAUUAAUUUAUGCUCUCUCUAUUUGAUGUGUGGUACGGUAGUAGUGGAACCUUUAAAUAGACCACUAUUUGCGAAGCAUUUUCAGUUGUGAAUAGUUCCUAAAAGUGAAAGCAGUGGAAUCGAAGCAAAUUAUUAGUCGCCAUGGAUUUUUAUUACCUCAUCGAAUCUGCGCCCUGCCGUUCCAUUCUAAUGCUCGCUAAAACAUUGGGCCUGGAAUUGAAUCGCAAACUGUUGAGUUUGAAGAAUGGUGAGCAGUUGACGCCUGAAUUCCUGAAGAUCAAUCCGCAACACACCAUCCCCACUUUGGUGGACAAUGGUUAUUCGGUUUGGGAAUCACGUGUCAUACUCAUCUACCUGGCCGAGAAAUAUGGCAAAGACGAUUCGCUCUACCCAAAAUGCCCACAAAAGAGAGCUCUUGUUAACCAACGUCUAUUCUUCGAUCUCAGUUUGUAUGGAUUCUUCGCCGAUUACUACUAUCCCAUCGCUAGAGAUAAGCAGGCGCCAGUACCAGAGCGUUUGACCAAACUCGAAAGCCAAUUGGAGUUUUUGAACACAUUCUUGGAGGGACAAACAUAUGUGGCCAACAAUAGCUUGUCCAUUGCCGACUACACUCUGUAUGCCACGAUCUCGACGUUUGAGGCUGGCGGCAUUGAUUUGAGCAAAUUCCCAAAUAUUGUGCGAUGGAGUGAACAUCUCAGCAAAACGCUGCCCGGAGCAGAUGAGAAUAAAGAGGGCUGUGAAUUGUUAAAGAAAUAUUGGUACGCCGUUCAAGUUCAAGCACUUAGGCAUUUACCAAAACAACACAAUACAAAAAUGGAUUUCUACUACACUGCCGGUUCCUCACCCUGUCGCGCCGUCAUCAUGACCGCCAAAGCAGUCAAUGUCAACUUGAAUAAGAAGAAUCUGAAUCUUAUGGCCGGCGAGCAUUUGACACCAGAAUACCUGAAAAUCAAUCCCCAGCAUACCAUACCCACUUUGGUGGAUAACAGUUUCGCGCUCUGGGAGUCACGUGCCAUUAUGGUCUAUUUGGCUGAGAAAUAUGGCAAAGACGAUUCGCUGUACCCCAAGUGCCCGAAGAAGAAGGCCGUGAUCAAUCAGCGUUUGUACUUCGAUAUGGGUACACUGUAUAAGAGCUUCUCCGACUACUACUACCCGCAAUUGUUCGCCAAGGCACCGGCAGAUCCCGAGUUGUACAAGAAAAUCGAGGCGGCCUUCGCAUUGUUGGACACCUUCUUGGAGGGUCACAGCUAUGUUGCCGGCGACGCACUCAGCUUGGCUGACAUAGCGAUUGCUGCAACGGUCUCCACAUUCGAUGUGGCCGGCUUUGAUUUCAGCAAAUAUGCUAAUGUGGCUAAGUGGUAUGCUAAUGCCAAGCAGGUGGUGCCCGCCUUCGAUGAGAACUGGCAGGGUUGCUUGGAGUUCAAGGCGAAAUUCUUUCACUAAAUAUUCGUACUAAUCUAGUUUGUAGCUUGUUUGCACUGUGUGCUGUUCUUUUUUCUUUGCAAUUGAAAGACAAAUGUAUUAUCUGAAUAAAUAUGUAUUAUUUUUUUAAGAAUA